AGCAGAGACAGUGAGAGAUACAGGGGCAAGAAAGCGUGAGGUCUCCAGGGAGCCAGAGGCAGCCGGAUCCCGGCACAUCCUCAACCUCUUUCUGCUCUGAUCCUCAUUUAAGUGCAAGAGGCUGGCGCCCGUGUCCGGCAACAUGCAGCUCGGGAAGCAACCGCCCGCCUAGACAGACAGACAAACAGAGAGACAGACAGACAGAGACAGAGACAGAGAGAUUUCACCGAGAGGGACCGAGGAAACGCUCUUCAACUCCGGGGAUACGAACCCCGGAGGAGGAUUAAUUAUUGUAACCGGGGAAGAGAGAGGAGAGACGGGGGGCUGCGAGCUAGCGGUUCCCCAUUCUCCCAGAAGAGGAGGAAAGCUUUUGUUUCGCUGACUUAUUUUUUUUUGUUGUUGGACAAAUCGAGAGGCUCUGCCAUUUUACUGCAGCGUGGUGUCUGAUCCAACAGUGACACAAUCGCCAUUAACCUCAGUGCCGCAGGAGCAGCUUUCCAGAGGCUGGCUGGGUGGGCGAAAAGGACCGGGCUUGGAGAGGAUUGGGAUUUAAGUCCCUGAUUUUGCUGUUCGGGUUUUUGCGUUGGGGAGGACAGCCGCUGCACACCUGGCGGAGGCGGCUCUCCCUCCAGCUCCCCGCCGCAGUGAGACCGGCCCCAACAUCUGCAGCCGGCCAGAGGCUGAGGCACAAGCCAAUAUUCAGCGCCAUCCGCAGGUCCAGCGGCCGCCACCACCAUCUUCCCCCCGAACCUCCAGCAGCAAAACCCCCCGAGCCCCCCCCUAGCCAUGGGCACCGUGUUGUCUCUGUCGCCCAGCUACAGGAAGGCGGCUCUGUUUGAAGAUGGCUCGGCCACCGUGGGCCAGUACACGGCCGUGCAAAACAGCAAAAACUCCAAGGAGAAGAACCUCAAGCGCCACUCCAUCAUCUCGGUGCUGCCCUGGAAACGCAUCGUGGCCGUCUCCACCAAGAAGAAAAACUCCAAGAAGGUCAACCCCAACAACUACCAGAACAACGUGACCCACCUCAACAACGAGAACCUGAAGAAGUCCCUCUCCUGUGCCAACUUGUCCACCUUUGCCCAGCCCCAAGCCCCCGCCCAGCGCCUCAACCAACUGCCCAGCAGCAAGAGCAGCGUCUCCUCGGUGAAGAAGACCCCCCACAACAGCACCGUCAGCCCCAGCUCCCCCAAAAGGGUCAUUGUCCAGGCUUCCACCAGCGAGCUGCUCAAGUGCCUGGGCGAGUUCCUGUGCCGCAGAUGCUACCGCCUCAAGCACUUGUCCCCCACAGACCCUGUCCUGUGGCUGAGGAGCGUUGACCGUUCUUUGCUGCUGCAAGGUUGGCAAGACCAGGGCUUUGUGACGCCGGCCAACGUGGUCUUUGUUUACAUGCUGUGCCGGGACGUCAUUUCAUCGGAGGUCGCCACCGAGCACGAACUGCAAGCCACCCUCUUGACCUGCCUCUACCUGUCCUAUUCCUACAUGGGCAACGAGAUCUCCUACCCGCUCAAGCCUUUCCUGGUGGAGAGCUGCAAAGAAGCCUUCUGGGACCGCUGCCUCAGCAUUAUCAACGCCAUGAGUGCGAAAAUGCUGCAGAUUAACGCGGACCCGCAUUUCUUCACUCAGGUCUUCGCCGACCUGAAGAACGAGUGCAACCAAGACGAGCGCGGCCGGAUGCUCAUAGGGUUGGAUCGGUGACUGAUGGCUCGCCCCCGGCUGGAUGUUUGUUCCAGAGACACAGACACUUUAAUACAUAUAUAUCGAGAAUCGAUUAGAGUGUGCAACAUUUUUUGUGUCAUGGGGGUCUAGUACAAACACGGAUUUAUUUCCAUGCUGCUAAAAGUGUUUUAGAACAAAUUUAAAACCAACCCGUCCUGCAAAAACGGCACGUUUUUCUCUUCUCUUUAUCUCUCUCUCUUUAAAUUGCUACAGUGGUAUUGUGCAUGCAAAGUAUCUGUGUGUCCCUGAAAUCUAUAUUAAUACAACUGACGGGCAACAACGAAAAAAAACCACGCGGCAAAAAAAAAUACACACACACACCAAGGAAAUUAUUGAGUAUUUGGACUUUUUUUUUUGAUUACAUGUUUUAAAGAAGUAUUUAUCAACAUGGAGACGAAGGGAUUUUAAAACAAAAAAGUUUUUUUGUCGUUUUUGGGAUGCACUUGUUCUCAUUUGUUUUUUGAAAUCAGGUGGCGGCGGAACCUGCAAGAAUGUGCCAUUUUCACACGGAAGUCUGUUCCGAGAGACUUCAGCUGUACAUUUUGAAAGUGCUAAUAUUAUGACAAUGUUUCCCAGUGCAAUUUGUUAUUUAAGGAAAAGAAAAUCUCUCUUGACCAAACGGUGUUAUUUGUUGUAUGUGUGUAGAGUGUAUGUUUGUAUGUGAGUGUGUGGGUGAAAUUGAGAAUAUUGGUGUCAAAAUGCUGUAAACAGCGGCUGUGUUUUAUGUUGAUUUUUUUUUAAUUUCUAUUUAUUUUUGUACUGUGAUUAAUAAAAUGCACUGAUCAUUCAUGACUGGCUGAGCCUGUUUGGGAGUUUUAUUUCAGAUGACAAAUGUGAAAUGUUAACACACGAAUAGAACUUGACUCUUC